AUGACGAGUUUUAUUAACAAAUUCCGGAAGAAACGGGGUAAGUCAAGGUUUUACUGUGAUCAGAAGUAUUUUCGUCGAUUUUUCAGAAGGAGAUAUAGGCAAUGGAACCGGAGAAACCGUGAAUCAUCAACCCAAAAAGCCGGAACUCGCAUAUUCGCUGGAUAAAUUGCUGGUUGAUUCGCAUGCUUUGUCAUAUUUCAUACAAUUUUUGGAAGCUUCCGAAAAGCUGAAUCUUAUCAAAUUUUGGAUGCAUGUUCAAGGAUUUCAAGCGACGUUUAAUGAAGGCGUGACUGCUGCGCAAGAAUGUAAGAAAUUUGGGGGAAAUAAAUAGGUAGAGUAUACAGUAAUUUUUUUAGUGUCAUUUCGAGAUGCUCGAAGUAUUUAUGAUAAAUAUAUAGAUGAAGGGUCGAAUUGUACUUUGGCGGUUCCAAGGAAAAUUAAAGCAAUCAUAGAUGGUUAGUUAAUUUUCGGGGAUUUUUUGGAUGAAAAGUCGGGUAGGCCGACGAAAUUUUUUAUCAUUAUCUUUUGCCGUGACAUGCCCAAAAUUUCCGAUUUUCAGCCAAAAUUUUUCAAAAACUCGAAUCAUCUCAUAAAAUCCUCCAAAAAUAUCAAUUUUUCCAGAGGAAAUGCAAAAAUCGCCUCUUCAAAUCAAUUGUUUCCAAUCGGCUCAACAAUUUGUUCGUCAACUCUUCGAAUUUCGUUAUUUCGAUGAAUUUCGACAAAGUGUUUACUAUAAAAAACACGAACUCGAAGUUCUCGAAGCAGGUUGUUCGAUUUCGGAAAUUUUGAAAAUUCAACCAAUUUUGCUGGGAUUUUUGGAGUUUUUGCGCGACGAAAAAGAGGACCACGAUUUGGUGCAAUUUUUGUUGAGUUGCGAGAGUUUUGAGGCGAAUUUCGAGGAAAUGGAAGAUGAUGAAGCUUUGGGAGAUGCGAUGGCACUUUAUGAUAAGUUAGUCUCGAAAAUUUAGAUUUUUUUUCGAAACAAAAAAAUUUCUGUUAAAACUAUGAAUUUUGAGUUUUUUUCAGAAAUAGAAAAGUCUGAAAAUUUUUGAAACGUAAAUUUUUCAAAUAAUUUUUAUUUCAGGUAGCUUUUAGGCAAAAAUCAAAAUUUCCUAACUAAAUUUUUUAAUGACAAAAAUAGGGUUCCCACAAAAAAAACUACAAUACUCCGCGUUGACGACGUAUAAAAAUUGCAAUUUUUCCAGAUAUUUUUCAAUGCAAGCAACAAAUCCCAUCAAUUCCGGAGCUCCAAUUCGAAGCGAAAUGGAAAGUUUGAUUUGUGACGAAUCUGGAAGACCAAAUAAAAACUGCUUCAAAAAUGCAUAUGCCUUUUGUUAUUUCAGACUUCAAGAUGUGAGUUUUUUCAAUUCAUUAAUUAUUUUUUAAUUAAGUUUUCAAUUGGAUAAUUAAAAAUAUAUAUAAUUAUUCAGAAAUAUUUGACCGAUUUUGUGCGUUCUUCAAGUUUUCAACAAUAUUUAUUAGAUUUGAGGAAUUUCAUCGAGAAUACUGUAGGUUUUUUCUUGAACUCUCAAUUAUAUUCUCAUAUGAACAAAAAUUAUUUUCAGGUCGAACUGCCUCGAAAAACUCGACAAUCCAGUUCAUCUUGUUCUUCUUCAGCUGAUUCACAAUCUCAUUCAUAUUCCUUCAAUUUCUCAACUCCCAAAAAAUCGCGCAAAAAUGUGGAAUUUUCGUCGGAUAGCGAUCCGGAAAAAACACCCAAAACUACGCCAAGAAGUAGUCGAUUGGCGGAAAUUGAUGAAAUUGGAAAAUAUCAUGCACUUUAUGAUGAUUCGCAUACACAAAUUAUGAAAACGCCGACAAGGUUAGUUUUCGACUUCAACUUUUUUUUUACUUAAAAAAAUUGAAUUUGUUAGACUAUUUUUUGUCAAUCAUUUUCUCAUUUGUGAAAAAAAAUUUUAUUGAAAUUUUCGAUGCGAAAACGCUUUGAAAAAUUCCCUAGCCUUAGUCAUUCCCAAAAAUGUUUUAUGGGGUGAUUCAGGUUGAAAAAAAAACUAAAAAAAAAACGUUUUUUUUACAAAAAAAUUCGAUUCAGCAUAUGUCAAAAAACCCUAUUUUUUUCACACAAAAAUGAAAGAUAUAUCGCAGCGAAAAUGUUUCAAUGAAAAAAAAUGUCAAAAAUGUCGAAAAAUAGGAAAAAAAUAUAGUUUUUUGACAUUUGCUGAAUCGAAAUUUUUUCACCCCAUAAAAUUUGAAUCGUCAAAAUUAGAGUAGCCCAAGAACGUUCUUUCGAAAAUGCUCAAAAUUUCCAGACUGAAAUCAACACUUCAAAAAUAUCUCAACAAAUCGACACUUCGUGAAGAGGAAAUUGCAGAAGAAGUUGCGAGAACAAUCAUAAAAGAUAUGCAAAAAAUGGUGGCGGAAAAUGGCUGA